AUGACACUUGACUACACAGAAGACACACAUAUGAAAGAGGAAGAUGAGGAGGAGUUCGACGAGGAAGAGCUAAUGGAGGAAAUCGAUGAAGAGGAGGAGGAGCUCGAAGAAGAUUCCGAAGAGCUCGACAACAGUGACAGCUCCUCAUCCCUAGUCGCCGGCUCACCCCAUGGAUCCUCAUCAGGCUCCAAUUCCAGUCAUUCUCCGUCACUUCAAGGGGAGAGCCCGUCUUCCGGCUCGUCGCCAGGCCAAGCGUCCACACACCCACCGGAAAAGCGACAUAUCUGUAACAUUUGUGACAAAGGGUUCGCAUAUUUCUCGAUUCUGGAGUCUCACAAAAGAGCGCAUACCGGCGAGAAACCUUAUAAUUGUCACUUUUGUGAAAAGAAAUUCGCACAGAAGGCUACUUUACAAGUCCAUGAAAGGACGCAUACCGGGGAGAGACCGUACAAAUGCAGGUAUUGUCCCAAGACGUUUGCCCAGUACGGUACUAAAACUGUGCAUGAGAAAAGCGCCCAUUUGGGGAUACGGAACUAUAAAUGUCCAAAGUGUCAGAAGUCACUGUCAUCACCGUCAGCACUGUACACACAUAAGAAGACGCAUGGGGAUAAGGUGUUUAGAUGCGAAUUCUGCCCGAAAACCUUCGCCCUCAAAAACUACUUAAAACUUCACGUGAAACAAGUGCACGAGCACAACGAGCGGAAGCACGUCUGCAACUACUGUAACAAAGGAUUCGCCUACGCCGGCAGUCUUUUGGUGCACGUCCGAACCCAUACUGGCGAGCGUCCAUAUGUCUGUCGAUACUGUCCGAAAUCGUUUGCCAGUCAGGGAAAUCUUCAAUCCCAUGAGAGGACUCAUACUGGAGAGCGUCCGUACUCUUGUCACUUCUGCCAGCGGACUUUCAUUCAGAAAUCCCAACUAACCGCCCAUGAAGCCACGCAUUUGGCUCAUAAGCCACCAUCAUCCGCCGACUCAACUUCCCCGGUGCCCGAACCAAUGGGUGCCCAUGAGUGUACUAUAUGCCAUAAGAGGUAUCCAUACGCCAGCAGUCUCCAUGUUCAUAUGAGGAAGCACAUGAAUGGAGAGAAACCAGGAUUCUCAUGUGAUGGAUGUUGCAAAGCGUACAGCUCAAAGACCAGUCUGGGCAUUCAUCAAGAUCAAUGUGAUGUCUAUAAGAACCAAUUGAAAUUGAAGCAGAUAAGGAUUCAGAGUGCAGACAGUGUGACACAGUUCCCCCACAAAUGCGAAGGAUGCGGUGAACAGUGUGUCCAACGGAUAAGCCUCCAAAUCCAUCUGGAUCAAUGCGUCGCCUACAAGAAUCUACUCCGAAUGCGCCUAUCCCUUCAGAAUCAGAAUAUCAACCCGUUGACGUUGAACCACAAUCUUCUACAGAAUCAGAAUUCCGAUUCUGAAUCCGACACCGAGAUGAAGAUUUGUCCGUUGCCGAAUCCUCCGUUGACGUUGACACCGGCGCAGCAGCAGAUUCCACCGCCAGUCAAUAUUUAUGCGCAGCAAGCACCGCCCACAUCUCUUGGCUCUAUCCUGGGUAACACUAGUCUGACACCAACUUCGAUGGGAUUCGGAUUGCCCCCACAGACUGUGUUCUCAUCGUUGAAUGCUCACACACCGUUUACACCGAUUGAGCUCCCCAACACGAUGGCCCACCCGUUGACCGCCUCAAAACCACCAGCCGCUAUUCAGCCAUCCGACGCGAUCUCCGCCUUCCACGCUCCGCCACGGAAGCUUCCAGACACCUCUCCACUUGGCUCUCUGUCCUCAAGCAUUCUAUCCACCCAGUUGUUACUCCAGCAAUUACACUCAACUGACUUCAAUUACCUCCUCAACUCAAAUCUCUUGUCCUCUUUAGCGGCGGGUCUUGGUGGUGGGUUGCCGGGCGCUGCUCCCGCGGCCCCGCCCACUUCCAGCCAACCGUUUUUGAUGGGAGCGGCGAGUGGAGCAAUCGUUCCGGUUAGGUCGAUUGUGUAA